AUGUCGACGCUGAGAGGUCGGGUCGUCGAUUUGUACAAAAGCUUGUACCACAUGGGAAAAGAGUAUCCGGGCGGCUCGAAAUGGUUUCACGAUCGGCUCAAAUUGGCGUUCGCCAAGAAUAAGGUACAAAACUUUAUAGUUAUCAGUAAAUCGUGGCUGUGUUUCGCUAAAAAUGACUUUAUUCGUUUCGCAAUUCAGGAAGUCCGAGAGCCGCAGCAAAUCGAGCAGCUGAUUGCUCGCGGCGAAUUCGUCGUCAAAGAGAUCGAGGCGCUCUAUUCGCUGCGAAAGUACCGUGCGAUGAAGCAGAGGUCAGUUCGGUGGAGCGCACUUUUCAUUUCAACUUUUCAGAUAUUACGAGAAGGACGAGGAGGUGUCGGCGGCCACGCGGAAGUUCGAAGAAACCGUUCAGAAGCUGUAG